GGAGCUAGCUCGUCCGAUAUUUUGAUAGAUAACUCCGCAAGAUCAAAGGUUCAGUUCCUCACAAAACCCUCCCGGUUCGAAUCUGCCCUUGAUUCCGCCAGGGCCAACCCAUCCACACCACCCUCAUUCAGUUCGGCUCAUCCCUCGCCCCAGUUCCAGCUGCCUCGUCGACAAGCUAUUACCAUGCCCCGCCAGCAUACACCAAGCCCGGACCCCCUUGGUGAGCAGCAGCCGCGCCCAGAAAAGGGGGCGGGCCGCGAAGGUUCCCGCCGUAACUGUGCCUCCACACUAGCUUUAUGUUUCGUUUUUCUUGUUUUCGUCUAACGUAUUCGCACCUGGCAUCUAGGCCCGGCUUUUCCCCUCUUCUUCACCUCGCGCCCGUGCGGCUACCACCGCAGGAUCACCAGACUAACACUUUCCCCCAGCCCCGCCCCAUAUUAUGUCCAACUACCGUGUUUUGGUAUCAAAAGUGCAACACGAACGAGUUCGAUAUGCCGCCUCAUGCGGCCCGUAUCACGCUUCAUUACAGCCGCACAUUCCCGCUGCCGAGCUUGGGCAAAUUGCCGCCGCAGGCGGCGGCACUUGUUACGCCAAGCCGGCAAUGCAACGUCAGCAGAGAUUACCUGCUAGAUCCGGCUCGAUAG